UUCGGAUUUCGGAGCCACCCACCUACUGGUCAGAGCCGCGUUGCGAAUGGAGUAAUUUGCAGCGGAGCACAGACAGAGCCAACGACUGGUAGACGAGCCCCUCUCUCUCUAGUCUCGACCCCUCUCUCUCUCUCUCUCUCUCUCUCUCUCUCUCUCCAAGCACACUCGAUUGGAGCCCUAAUUUCUCACUUUCACCAAAGCUCACCGUGAUACCCUAACCUUUCUGGUUCUCCAUGUCCUCCGAAUCGGGAGCUUCGACCUCCGGCGACGAAGCCUCCGAGCCAAACCCUAACCCUGACCAUACUCCCAAACCCCCCGAAGACCAAUUGGCAGCCCUCGCAUUGUCGGAGGUCGAUAGCCACGGGAAUGGCGUCGGACAUGGAUCGGCCGCGGAGAACAAUCACCAGGAGAUCGAAAGCGACGAGGAGGAAGUCCAGGUCAAUUCGGUUGCUCCUGGUUUAGCUGAGGUGGAGGAGGCGAGCGAGGGUUCGCCACGUGGUGGAGUCGGCGGUGGUGUUGUGUGGGCGACGACCAAUUCGGAGCUGGAGAUUGAUGGGCCGUCGAGCCCUAGCAGCAGUGGGUAUGCGGGUGAAAGAGGUAGUAGUGCCAGUAGUGGUGGCUCUGGAACUGAUGAGAUUUCGGAAGUGAGGAAAGAUGAGAUUGUCGAUAGGUUUCCAGAUUCGCAAACCCCGUGGGUGCCCAGUAAACGGCAUGUCGAUGAGGAUGAUGCUUCCAUAUCAUGGAGAAAGAGGAAGAAACACUUUUUCAUACUAAGUCACUCUGGCAAACCAAUAUAUUCCAGAUAUGGAGACGAACACAAGCUAGCAGGAUUUUCAGCAACAUUACAAGCCAUAAUUUCCUUUGUGGAGAAUGGUGGGGAUCAUGUCAAAUUGGUUAGGGCUGGAAAGCAUCAGGUGAUUUUUCUUGUCAAGGGACCAAUUUACUUAGUAUGCAUCAGCUGUACAGAAGAGCCUUACGAGUCUUUGAGGGUGCAAUUGGAACUUAUUUAUGGUCAGAUGCUACUUAUUCUUACUAAGUCAGUAAAUAGAUGUUUUGAGAAGAAUCCGAAGUUUGAUAUGACACCGUUGCUAGGAGGAACAGAUACUGUCUUCUCAUCCCUCAUCCAUUCAUUCAGUUGGAAUCCUGCCACUUUUCUUCAUGCAUACACUUGUCUUCCCCUUGCUUAUGCAACAAGGCAAGCAGCAGGUGCCAUAUUGCAAGAUGUUGCUGAUUCUGGUGUUCUGUUCGCAAUACUGAUGUGCAAACACAAGGUUAUCUGUCUUGUUGGUGCUCAAAAGGCCUCUCUUCAUCCUGAUGACAUGCUGCUACUUUCCAACUUUGUCAUGGCAUCAGAAUCAUUUAGGACAUCUGAAUCUUUCUCUCCAAUUUGCUUGCCUAGAUAUAAUCCCAUGGCAUUUUUGUAUGCUUAUGUCCGUUAUCUUGAUGUUGAUACAUACUUGAUGUUGCUUACUACUAGUUCAGAUGCCUUUUAUCAUCUCAAGGAUUGCAGGAUUCGUAUUGAAUCGGUUCUGUUGAAGUCAAAUGUACUUAGCGAGAUUCAGAGAUCCAUGCUAGAUGGUGGGAUGCGUGUUGAGGAGUUGCCUCUCGAUCCUUUGCCACGUGCUGGAUCUUUUUCUCCUCAUUUGGUUCAACAUACAGUUCAAACAGAUUCUCCUGACAGGUUCAGGGAACCAUAUAUUGGCGUAGGCGGUCCCGCUGGACUUUGGCAUUUUAUAUAUAGGAGUAUAUUUUUGGAUCAGUAUGUAUCAUCCGAGUUCUCACCGCCAAUAAGUAGUCCUCGUCAGCAGAAAAGAUUAUACAGAGCUUAUCAGAAGCUUUAUGCUUCCAUGCAUGACAAAGGAAUUGGGCCACACAAAACCCAGUUUAGAAGAGAUGAGAACUACGUUUUACUAUGCUGGGCCACCCAGGACUUUGAGCUUUAUGCAGCUUUUGAUCCACUUGCAGACAAGGCAUUGGCAAUAAAGACUUGCAACCGGGUUUGUCAGUGGGUGAAAGAUGUGGAAAACGAGAUUUUUUUGCUAGGAGCAAGCCCCUUUUCAUGGUGAUAUCCCAUUAUAUUCUGUAAUACUUCCUGUACCAUAGUUCUGUUUCUUUAACAAAGUUCAAGUUAUCAUUUUUGUCAUACGCAUUUGAAAUAGCAGGCGAUGUUGAUCUUAACUUACCACGUUGUUGCUUCAGCUUCAAAAGGUUUGCAUUUGGCACAGAUGUAAAAGCAGUUACAAAAACAAUCCUUUUAACACAUGGUUAUAAGUUUUUUCACACGCAAA